AUGGCGACAUCCUCAUCUUCCACAGGCCCACAAGUUUUCAUCAACUUCCGAGGAGAGCUGCGUAGCAACUUUGUCUCCCAUCUCCAUGCAGCCUUGGAACGUCAGGGAAUCAACUCUUUUAUAGACAGUAAAGAGAAACCGGGUGUGGAUCUUAAAGAACUUUUUUCAAGGAUUGAGAAGUCCACGGUCGCACUGGCGAUCUUGUCGAGUAAGUACACAGAGUCACAUUGGUGUUUAGACGAGCUGGUGAAGAUAAAGGAGUGUGUGGAUCUCCGCACUUUAAGGGUUAUUCCAAUCUUCUACAAUUUGAAGCCAGACACGGUGAAACAGCUUGACGGAAAUUUCGGUCUCCAGCUAUGGGAUUUGUGGAAGAAGAAAGGUCGUGACGACCGGAUUCUAAAGUGGGACGCUGCUUUGCAGGGUGUUAGGAGCAAGAAAGCAUUGAUCCUAGAAGAGCACACUAACGAAGCCGCAUUCAUAAAUCUGAUCGCAGCACAUGUUCAGGACUUCCUAAGCGAAGAUCUAGCGCUGAGAGAAGAAAACCCUAAACCCCAAGGAAGAGGAGAAGAAAACCCUAAACCUGAAGAGAGAUCUAAUCCAGCAGUUAACAAUAUCAAACCAGGAGAACAACGCCUGAAGCAAUUGGAAGAAAAAUUGAUUAUGGACUGCGAAGACAACGAAUCUCGUAUUGUUGGAAUUGUCGGGAUGGCUGGAAUCGGAAAAACCUAUCUGGCCGAGACACUGUUCAAAAAGCUGAAGAAGAAGGUCAACAGUCACGUUUUUAUCAAGCUCGAUAGUGAGAAGUGGAAUGACCAGAAACUGGAUUGGUUGCAGAAGACACUUGUGGAAGGUCUACUGGAUAAAUCUAUAGAUUGUGGUAAUGGAAAUCCACUUGAGUUUUGGAAGGAUACUCUAGUCAAGAAGAAAGUAGUGAUAUUUUUCGACAACGUGACUGACAAGAAACAGAUCAAGCCGCUUCUGGGAAACUGCAACUGGAUUAAGGCGGGGAGUAGGAUCCUCAUCACCACACGAGACAAGUCAUUGCUCAAGGAACUGACCUGUGAUCUCUUUCAUGUCCCCAAACUGAAUGACAGAGAGAGCCUCGAGCUCUUUAGAGAUCAAGUCUGCACUACUCUUGAAGGAAAUAUUAUGGACAUGUCUAGAAAGUUCGUAGAUUAUGCUGGAGGGAACCCAUUCGCUCUCAAGGAGUUUGGUGAUGAGCUUUGCGGGAAAGAUGAGGAUCACUGGAAAACAAGACUUGGGAAACUGACUCAAUGUUCCAACUCAAUGGUCGGAGACAAGCUAAGAAUCUGUUAUGAUGAACUAAACGAGAAGCAGAAGGAUGCGUUUCUUGAUAUAGCCUGUUUCUUCAGAUCACAAGAAGAGAACUACGUUAGAACUUUACUUGAUUCUUUUAACGUCCAUGAAUCUGCCGAAUCUGGGACGGAACUUAGAGACCUCACAGACAAGUUCUUGAUAGACAUAUGUGAUGGUCGAGUUGAGAUGCAUGGUCUAUUCUGCACAGUGGCCAAGGAACUUGUUGAAACAAGUGGUGGGAAAUAUUGGUUAUUCCCAUCAAAUUGUCCAGAGUUUACUACUGCGUUGGCGAAGAAAGAGGGAAGAAACAAGGUUAGAGGAAUUGUCUUAGACAUGUCUGAAAUGGAGGAAAAAUCCUUAGACAGCCAAGCGUUUGUCGAUAUGACCAGUCUACAAUACUUGAAAGUCUAUAGUUCUACCGAUCCUGGAGGCCACAAUGAAGCUAAAUGCAACUUGAACUUACCAGAUGAACUUGAAUUUCCAAAAGAUAACAUACUUAGAUAUCUCCAUUGGGUGAAAUUCCCGAAAAAGGAACUUCCAUCAAACUUGGAACCCAAGAAUCUUAUUGAUCUUCGGUUGCCUUAUAGCAAUAUUACCACUUUAUGGAACUGUGCUAAGGUUACACCAAAACUCAGGUGGGUUGAUCUGAGUCACUCGAGUAAGCUAACUUCUUUGUUGGGUUUAUCAAAAGCACCAAAUCUUUUGAGACUAAUCCUCGAAGGCUGCACGAGUUUGAAGGAGUUACCUAUGGAAAUGAAAGAGUUGAAAAAUCUAAGUUUCUUAAACCUAAUAGGAUGCACAAGUCUCGUGUCUCUGCCAACAGUAACUAUCAAUUCUUUAAAGACUCUCAUCCUCAGUGGCUGCUCAAAUCUUCAAACAUUUAAGGUGAUUUCAACAAAUCUAGAAACUCUACACUUGAACGGCACUGCAAUUUCUAUACUUCCUCAAGCCAUUAGUAAUCUCCACAAACUUAACAUAUUAAAUCUAAAAGACUGCCAAAAUCUGGUGGCUCUUCCUGAUUGUCUCUGGAAGCUUAAAUCUCUUCAAGAACUCAAACUCUCUCGUUGUGCAAUGAUGGAGAGUUUUCCCGACGUUAAGGAGAAGAUGGAAAAUCUGCAGCUUGUACUUCUGGAUGGAACAGCUAUUAAAGAAAUGCCACGCAAUAUCAUCAACUUGUCCUUCCUACGACAUCUAAGCCUAAGCAGGAAUGAUAAUAUCUGCAGCUUAGAGUUUGAUAUGGGCCAAAUGUUCUAUCUCAAGUGGCUCGAGGUAAAGUAUUGUAAGAACCUUACAUCGCUUCCGGGGCUUCCACCAAAUCUCCAGUGCCUAAAUGCAUAUGGUUGUGUUUCACUAAGAACAGUUGCGAGUCCAUUAGCCUUUCUUAUGCCAACAAAUCAGAUUCACUAUUCCACCUUCAUUUUCACUAAUUGUCACAAACUUGAACAAGUCUCCAAAAGUAGUAUCAUAUCUUACGUUCAGAAGAAGAGUGAGUUGAUGUCAGAUGAUCGAUAUAAUCAGGAAUUUGUUUUCAAAUCGUUGAUCGGUACUUGCUUUCCUGGAUGUGACGUACCUGCAUGGUUCAACCACCAUGCAUUUGGGUCAGUCUUGAAGUUGAGUUUUCCUCGAGAUUGGAAUGAAGGAAAAUUAAAUGGUAUAGCUCUAUGCUGUGUAGUCUCGUUCAAGGACUAUAAAGACCAAAACAACGGUCUCCAAGUACAAUGCACUAGUGAGUUCACUAAUGUAUCACUUAGCCGGGAAAGCUUCAUUAUCGGUGGUUGGUCCGAACCAGGCGAUGAGCACCAUACUAUUGAGACGGACCAUAUCUUUGUUGGUUACACCACUUUGUUCAAUAGCAAGAAACGUCAACAGUUUACAUCAGGUACCGAAGUUUCUCUUACAUUUGAAGUGACAAAUGGUACGAGCGGAGUUGAAGGCUGUAAAGUGAUGAAGUGCGGCUUCACUUAUGUUUAUGAGCCCGAAGAAGCUGAGAAUCUUAGUGGAGCCAUCUCUCAUGCACCUCUGAGAACAAGGAGUUUUACAAAUGGAAGGAGAUACUUAUGGAAUCGGGAAUAG